UCGUUACCAGCAGUGCAGCUGCUGGUUUUAAGACCAUAAAUCUCCCUGAUUACAGCCAGUCUGCUAAUACACGGUCUACGGCUGUAACAUUGCAGGUACCUGUUGAAUUUAGCAAAGCAGAGUGGAUUCACUGCUCAGAGGUGAAUGAGGGAACUGGUGUUUUGUUGAAAGUAGUGGGAGACAAAAUCAGUUUCCCUUCAGCGGCGUGUUGGAGCAAAAUCAGGAGGUGAAGAAACCUGCUCAGUUCAUGUUGCAGAGGGUGGAGAAGGAGAGCUGGCAACCAGACAAAUCAGGAGGAAAGGAAGACUGAAGAGAAAACAAAGAGCAAAGAGCAGGAGUCCACAGCUUAAGACGAGAAAGUGGGCUGUGGAGAGCUGGCGGAGCAGAGCGGCGGCAGGAGCGACUGUGGGCGGGGAGAGAGGAAGUGUGGUCGACAGGGGAGGAAUUUAAAGUCCCAUUGUUCUGGAAGAGCAGAGGGAGAGAGAGAGCUGAGGAACCAGGGAGUCGAACCACCGACAGACGCUGGACAACAUGGAUGUGAGCUCAGCCAUGGCGAAGAUGUCUGUGAAGCAGAGUGCAGGAGGUGCAGGAGGAGGUGUUGCAUCGGUGUGUCUCGUAUGUAAAGAGAGCUGCUCUGGAUUUCAGCCACAUUCUUGGAGGAAAGCCUGUGUGGCCUGCGGCUGCAGCACGGUCGACCACGCUCCUGGAGGUGAUCUCGAAGAUGACCAGCGGAUGGGACACCUGCUCGCGGACUCACCCUGCUCCCAUUUGACAGCAAAGGUUAAAGGAGGUGGCGGCCUUCGCAUGUACAAGAGGAACCGUAUGAUUGUGACAAAUCCAGUGGUGUCGCGCAAAGACCCAACCUUCAACACCACGACAUACGACUGGGCGCCGGCCGGCCUCAACCAGAAACUGGCCAUGCAAUACAUGGAGCUCAUCCCGGAGAGUGGACGUCCAGUCUCAGGGACAGAUGGAGCAUUGGAGCGACGCAGGCAGCUCCUCAGUCAGCUCCCCGCCUACGAUCAGGACCCCAUGAAGUGUCAGAGUCUGGCCAGUGAGGAGGAGAUUUCCUCUAUGCUGCUGUUUGUGAAGCACUACAAGCAGGAGGUGCUGGGGGUCGCGGAGGUGGCCUUACCUGGUGAGGGCGGAGCUCUGAGGGAAGCAGCCAUUCAGAGGACAGCAAAGGAAGCCAAGGACCGCAGCAACAGCAACAAGAAAGACGCUCCGGAGCACCAAGACCACGGCUCGACUAAUAGCAGCACCUCCUCUGCCACCAGUACAACUAACGGCACAGAUGACAGCACUAAGACUGAAUAUCGGUGUACCGGUUGCCAUGGUGAGGUUGCCAAGGAGAGUCCAGCUGUUUAUGCUGAGCGUGCAGGUUACCAUAGCGCUCUGUGGCAUCCCACCUGCUUUGUAUGUUCCGAGUGUGGCCAGGGAUUGGUGGACCUGGUCUACUUCUGGUCCAAUCAGAAACUGUUCUGCGGACGUCACUACUGUCAGACGGUUUGGCCGCGAUGCUCAGGCUGUGAUGAGCUGAUCUUCUGCCAGUCCUUUCAUGUGGCGAAAGAUGGCCGGACAUGGCAUCAUCAUCAUUACUGCUGCUGGAAGUGUGGACAAAGCCUGGAAACACCGUGUCAGCACUGAGACACUCACACAAUACAGUGCUCAGCACAAUAUGGUGGUCAGUUUUCAAGUUUUCGCACUGCUCAAACACAGAGUUACAAGGUGCUUCAGAUACAGGGAAGCAGUACUGAAUAAAAACGUCAGACAAGACAAAAACACAGAAACAGAGUGAAUCAUAUUAAUAUUGAGCGUGGUUGUUUAGCGUGUUUUUUAUAAACCAGAAGAAAUAAGUAAUGAAAAGAUAAUACAGAAUGGCCAGUUGAUAUAUUUGUGUUUAAAAUACUUAAGACAUUUAGCCAUUUAGCUGACACUGAAGUACUCAAAGACUUCUUCAGCUGAGCCUACUGGUGUUUCAAGUACUUGAGGAAAUUUUUAGUUGACACAAAAGUGUUUAAAAAGUACUUAAAGAAACAGUUUGUUGAUUUAUUAGCACUUAAAGUUCUGACAGUGAUGGGAGCCAGAUGUGCUGCUUUUAGCCUGGAGGGUUUCACAUACAAACAGCUGCUCAUGGGACAGUUAAAGAAAUUCAGAUAUUUAAAUCAGUUAUUGGGUUUUAAAUGAAUUAGAUACUUCACAAAACAAUUUCAACUUGCUUACUAGCUUGUUCCAGAGCUUUCAGUCCCAUCACAUGGUUCUCACUGUAGAUGUUCAAAGGUUUCAUUUUUCUCAGCGCUGCUUGGACAGCACCUCUGUCUGUGUUGGCUCAAAGGUAGAGCUUCAAAGUUCAUUUUUGACCAUGGAAACAGCAUUUUGACAAAACUCCCAUUCCCACCAAACCAAACGUGGACUAAAUGGAGAGUUUUAUUUUUAUGUGAACCUCCCAAAACCUUUAUUUAAACUUAAACAUGGUGAAGAUUUUUUUUAUUCCUUAAAUGUCAGGUUUGGCUCUGUGGAGAUUUGUGUUUCACUUGUCAACAUUUAUUUCAUGCAGAAAUGAUCUUAUUGAUUAAUUUAAACCACACAGAACUGGACAGGUACAAGGCUGGAAAAUACACAGCACCAGUCAGUAAUUCAUAGUACUCUGCUGAAUUAUUUUCAUUGCUUUUUUUUUUCUUCUGUCAACCCUCGGCUUCUUAAUACCCACCACUGAAGUUGGGCUGUGUGUAGUACUAACUGUACAGACAGAAAGUUUGAUUUUCUUUAUUUUCUUCUCCUUUAUGUUCUGUUUGAUGUGUUAUUUCAGUCAGACAGACAGACAGACAGGACUCAUUUUGCUUUUAACUCCUUUUAUGAACGUGGAUCUUUGCUGCUGCUGAACACUGCUUUAUGCUAGUUAUAUUCCUGAUAAAGUUUGUAUUUUGUUAGUCUGUAGUUUGUAUUUGGUAACAAAAGUAAAAAUAACAACUUGGCUGCAAAAAUGUUUAGAAACAAGUCAACCAGAAUUAAAUUCUUUUCUUGACAGAAGCUAAUUAGCUUUACGUUUGUUCCAUGAAAAAAAUGAUCAAUAUAAUCAGGUAGCAUUACAUCAGCUAAUAUUUCUUUGUUUUUUUUUUAAAUACUUUAUUUACUUUUUAAAUGGAUUGCUGCUAGCAAAACAGUAAUUGUUUAAAAAUAAGGAUAAUAUAGUGUUUGAUGUGAUUAGCGAAAUAUGUAGCAUAUAGACAAUACGGUUCAAUACUGUUCAAUACUACGGUUCAAUACUGUUCAAUACUACGGUUCAAUACUACAAUCUGUGGCAGACAAUAUGACAUAAAACAGAAUAAUAUCAAUGUUGAAUUUUGAUAGUUUCAUCUCUGUACAUCCAGUAUGAAGUGUUUAGCCUAGCUUAGCACAAACAUUGGCUAUAGAGGGAACCUGCUAGCCUAGCCUAGCUAAGUCAGUUAUGAAAUUUUACACCUCUGAAGUGUAAGCAAAGAGCUGAGAUAUUAAUCUUCCUCUGGGUGAGAUGAUAAACAAGGAUUUCUCAAAUCUGCUGUGUGAAGGAAAUUAUUUUUUUGGUGAUAAUGUGCAGGAAUAAAAAAAAAAAAAGACCAGAAGCUGAGCAGCCAGCAUGACAUAAAUACUGUAGUAGCUCAUGUUUUAAAUUAAGGAGUUUAAUGCAGUGUUAAAAAACUGUUAUCAUUCACAAUUCACAGUGAGGACGUCACAGGUAAAUACUAAACUGUGUGUGAAGAAAGACACUGGACACAGGUGUAUAAUACCACAGUCAUGUCAAAUGGGGUGGUGUUAACGAAGACAGUUGUAUACACAGGUGGUUGUGUGAGAAUUAUGGUGCAUUGACAAUGUAAAACCAUAUCCAUUAAAUCUGGGUCUAAUUACACUGAAUGAAGGUCUUUGACUGACUUGAGGCGUCCUGAUUUGUUUUAGUUUUCUUCCACUAACGUAUUAAAGAGAAAUCCCAGUUGUAACUGGGACUUUGGCAUGAGUGAUAUUUACAAGUGGAAACUGGCAAUUACAAUAACUCUGUAAGGACUUAAAUGCAGCAGUAGGUGCAAAUGGUAUUUGGUGCUUUGGAGGUAACCAUCACUUGUUCAGUGCUUUUUCCAUUGCACUGUGGGACAAUUAAGACACACGCCACAAAAUUAUGCUCAUUGUGGUUUUUUUCCAUUGUGAGUAGUGAAUGACAGAGCCUAUAAAUGACAGGCUUUAAGUUUGUUUAAAUGAUGUGUUUUCACUGCUGAUCGGUUGAGAAUUAAAAUUACUAGCGAUUGA